ACGUCAUCAAGCUGCGACGCGCGUGCGCUGUUUUUGUUUCUGUUAGCAUCGAUAUUUAGAAACAUUGGCAUUUUCCCUUUUUGACAAUAAACUGCAUUUUACCAGUGGUUGCAGUUUUGUCUGUCCACUAUGAGUGGGGGUUUGGCACCAAGCAAAAGCACAGUUUAUGUAUCUAAUUUGCCAUUCUCUUUGACAAACAACGAUCUACAUAAGUUGUUCACAAAGUAUGGAAAAGUUGUCAAGGUUACAAUAGUCAAGGAUAAAUUCACCCGACAGAGUAAAGGAGUGGCGUUUGUUCUCUUCUUAGACAGAGAAUCUGCUCAUAACUGUGCAAGAGCGGUAAACAACAAACAGUUAUUUGGCAGAACAGUUAAAGCAAGCAUUGCUAUAGACAACGGACGAGCAACUGAAUUCAUUCGGAGGCGGAACUAUACAGACAAGUCCAAAUGUUAUGAAUGUGGGGAAACGGGACAUCUGAGCUAUGCCUGCCCCAAAAACCUGCUUGGAGAGAGAGAACCACCACCGAAGAAAGAAAAAAAGAAGAAGAAAAGGCCUCAACAACCUGAACAUGUUGAAGAAGAUGAAGAAAGUGAAGGGGAGGGAGAAGACCCAGCCUUGGAUAGCUUAAGCCAAGCCAUAGCAUUUCAGCAAGCCCGUAUUGAGGAAGAGGAGAAAAAGAAGAAAAGGCAAGCGGAAGAGGAGAACGCCCAUGCCUCAACAUCCUCAGACUCUAAGAAACCGAGGAUCAAAAAGAGUGCUUACUUCAGUGACGAGGAGGAGCUCAGUGACUAACACACAGACAAAAAAAAAACAUAUUUAUGUUUCUUCUAUAUCAUUGUUUUUAUUCCUAAUAAACUUGCUUUGUUUA